GCCUAGAAUUCCAUGCAUUAUUUGUAGCUGCUCUCUUUAUCAUACUGUAGGGUCAACUUUGUAGGAAAAUGUGCAUAUUUUCUUGGCCCUACACGUCCAAGUCCUCUUUCUCUCUCUCUCACACACACACAUAGAAUAUGUGUAUGAUUUAGUCUUUAGGUCUACGCUUGUUGGUUUAAUUGGUAUGAUUUGAUUUUUUUUGAUUAGAUGAUUGUGUUGGUGGAGUCGAGUUGUAGUCUUGAAGAUCGUGACUUAGGCCAUAUUGGGGAUAGGAGCGAAAACCACCCAAACUUUCUUGUACACAAGGAAUCAUUAUAUUAAAGAAGUAGAAUCGGUAUUGUAUUUUAUAUAUUAUUUUGUGUAUAUCCCAAGAAUAUAUAGGAUGAAGAAUUAAGUAUUUAUGUGGUGGAUGAGUAUGGAAGAUGCAGCAUCAAUUUAAAAUGUAAGAUAAGAUUGAGAUUUUAAAUGGUUCUUUGUGAUCUUUUUCCCAUUUUCCAACUAAAGUAGCAAUCAAAAUCAUGUUUGGCUUUUACAGAGUGGGCUAGUGUUUUUGGUUGCAGCAGCAGCCUCAGCACCCCCAACCCACAUCCACUUCCCAACUGUCCAAGAUUUCACCCCAUGCCUUUCUUUUAAUGUGGUCAUGGAAUAAGUCUUGCAAAGUCUUGGGUGGUUUUGCCAUUUUCUUUGAGACAAUAUAUCAUAAAGUUUGCAUGGGUUUUGCCAUAGGAGCAAAGCCUUGAUUCUUGAUUUCAUGGGAGCAGCUCAUAUGCUUCUUUAUAUUAUCUACAAAUCUGGCCAUGCCCAGUUGAGCUGUACCUUUAUGAACUCAAAAGGGUUGUAACUUUGACCUGAGAUUUGGGAGUGUAUUGUUAGCAAAUUGUUGAAGUGGAUAAUUUGUAGUAUCAUUUUGGGGGGGUGAAGAGUUGAGGUCAACGAUAAGCUCUUUUGUGGCUUAUUUUGGUUCUUUUUUCAUUUCAAGUAGAGCUGGUCAAAUCCAAAGUUGGGAUCCUUUUCUAUUUUGUGUGUAUUUUGUUGGUGGAGAGGGUCAGAGCUCAAGAAUGGAUACUGGAAAUCAAAGCCAAAAGGGAGUGCUGGAGAAUCUGAGGAAGCAGCUUGCUCUUGCUGUUAGAAGCAUCCAAUGGAGCUAUGCAAUUUUCUGGUCCAUUUCUGCAAAACAACCAGGGGCAUUGGAAUGGGGUUGUGGGUACUACAAUGGAGAUAUUAAAACGAGGAAAACGGUUCAGGCGGUAGAUGUGAAUGCUGAUCAGAUGGGAUUGCAGAGAAGUGAUCAACUGAGAGAACUUUAUGAGUCUCUGUCAUUAGGUGAAACCAGCCCACAACCUAAAAGGCCUACAGCUGCAUUAUCCCCUGAAGAUCUCACGGAUGCCGAGUGGUAUUUCUUGGUUUGCAUGUCUUUCGUAUUCAAUAUCGGCCAAGGGUUGCCUGGACAGACGUUAACAAGAAAUGAGACAGUCUGGCUACGAAACGCUCAUCGUGCAGACACCAAAGUUUUCUCUCGUUCUUUGCUUGCUAAGAGUGCAUCUAUCCAGACAGUAGUGUGCUUUCCACAUUUGGGAGGCGUAAUUGAGCUGGGGACAACUGAACUAGUUUCAGAGGAUCUGAAUCUGAUUCAGCACAUAAAAACAUCAUUCCUGGGGAGCCCUUCGGCUGUUGUUCCCAAGAUUCCCGAUGAUGGUUCUAACGGUACUUCAGAUAACAAUGACAUCUGUGAAGUGCUCGAUCACGCUAAUGUGCCCGAAGACAAUCUCGAUCAGCUUUUGGAUUGUCAAGAAAUGGAUGUUUGUUCUCCUGAUAACAGUUCAGAUGAUUUUCCAGAGAAUCUACUAAGGGAUGAAUCGCACUUGGUGGACGGCGUUGAUGGGGAGGCUCCUCCAAUGCAGAACCGGCAAUUCAAGAAUGACUCAAUGAGCAACAAUUCCAUGAAUUCCAGUGACUGUGUAUCUCAAACUUACGGAAAUCCCGAGACCAGCAUCCGACCCUCAGAUGGAAAGGCGGCUGAUAGUCAUACCCAUGGUUUGCAAAAAUUCAAUCAGCAGAAAAACGACUCCUCUGGCUUCCAAGGCAAUGAUAUUCAUUAUCAGGUUGUACUUUCCAGCCUUUUGAAGAGUUCUCACCAGUUGGUUCUGGGGCCUUACUGCAGAAACCGAAAUAGAGAAUCGAGCUUUCUUAAUUGGAAGGACAGGCUGGUGAGUUCUCGGGUUCCCCAAACUGCAACCCCACAAAGAUUACUAAAGAAAGUACUGUUUGAAGUAGCUAGAAUGCAUGAAAAUUGCCGUCUUGAAUCUGGCAAACAGAACAGCAAAAAAGAUGAUGUUUCUAGACCUGAUGCUGACGAAAUUGACAGAAAUCAUGUAUUGUCUGAGAGGAAGCGCAGAGAGAAACUAAAUGAGAGAUUUAUGAUUCUUGGAUCACUAGUCCCUUCUGGUGGCAAGGUUGACAAAGUAUCAAUACUUGAUCACACAAUAGAAUACUUGAAAGAGCUUGAGAGAAAGGUUGAAGAGCUGGAGUCGACGAGACAAAGCAAACCUCACGAUGCCGUUGAGAGGACCUCUGAUAAUUACGGCCCUAACAAAAACAAGAGAAAAGCUUGUGAAACGGAUAAAAUGGCAGCUGAAAGUAAAAGGGCUCGACUGAGAGAUUCUUCAACAGACAGCAUUACUGUCAGCAUCGCAGACAAGGAUGUGCUGAUUGAGAUGAGGUGUUCUUGGAGGGAAUGUGUACUGCUAGAAGUUAUGGAAGCCGUAACCAAACUACAUUUGGAUUCACAAACUGUUCAAUCUUCCAACAUCGAUGGCAUUCUAUCGGUCUCUAUAAAGGCCAAGUGUAAGGGACUGAAAGGUGCAUCGGCAGGUCUUAUCAGACAAGCUCUUCAGAAAGUCAUCAGAAAGUGAUGCACACAAUUUUUGGAUCAUGUGUUGAUUUUGUGUAAAAAUUGUAUUUUUCAGUAAAUUCAACUUGUGAUUUGCAGGUAAAUCUUCCAAGUAGUGCAGUCCAACAGAGGAAUUGUUCUUGGGAUCAAUCAUUUUGUUGAUUCAACAUGGUUUUCUUUCUUAUU